CUGUGAUUGGCCGUGCAUGCCAUGCCAUCUCUUCUUAAUCUAUGCAUCCUGCAGGUGUGGUUGCAGCCACUGCGACACAGACUGAUAGAAUGCUGACAGAGAUCUGUUGGUCUUUGGCUUAUUUGGCAGGGCCCCAGCGUGCUGUUUUGGAAGAUAAAUCUGCAUGUCCCGACUCAUCAAAGACGAUCAACCUCGAAAAGGACCUCAACUUUAGAUCAAAUGGCGGAAAUUUCGUCGCAAAAAGAAAAGGCAGAUCUGUCCAGCGGCAGCCAUGAUGUGCACCAACAAACAGGAAGCGCUGACCAUGCCGACCGGAUCCUCAUCAACGCCUCGGGCCACAUUCAAGAGCUCCCCAGAAACUUUAGCUUGAUAUCACUCGCAGGCGUCGGGGUGACUGUGGGAAAUGUUUGGCCCGCAAUCGGCGGAUCCAUCCUGACUGCCAUCUUCAACGGUGGACCACCCGGCGUGCUGUACGAAUUCAUCACCGUCUCCGUCUUUUACUGGUGCGUGGCCGCCUCCAUCGCCGAGCUCGCCAGCGCCAUCCCCACGGCGGCGGGAGUCUACCACUGGGCGUCGGUGACGCCGGGCAGCCCACGGUGGGGCCGGCUGAUCGGGUACUUUGCCGGCUGGUGGAACUACCUGGCCUGGGUGGCCGGCGCCGCCAGCAUGGCCUCCAUCCUUGGCAACACCAUUGUGCAAAUGUACGCGCUCAACCACGCCGAAUUUUCCCCGCAGCCCUGGCACGUAUUUGUCGUCUACAUAGCCGCAACCUGGAUCGCCUGCGCCGCCGUCUGCCUCGCCAACCGCGCCAUGCCGUACCUCAACAGCCUCGGCAUCGUCUUGAUCCUCGCCGGCAUCCUCAUCACCGUCACCGUCGUGACCACCAUGCCGGGCCGCGACGGCCGGCCCCCGCACGCCUCGGCCCAGUUCGUCUGGGCGGAUUGGCAGGCCGCCGUCGGGUACCCGGACGGGUUCGUGUUCGUGGCAGGCAUGCUCAACGGGGCGUUUUCCGUCGGCGCCGUGGACGUGGUGACGCAUCUGUCCGAGGAGAUCCCGCAGGCGUCGCGCAACGUGCCGCUGGCCAUGCUGAUGCAGGUGGCCAUCGGAUUCGCCACGGGCCUGGCGUACCUCGUGGCCGUCAUGUACGCCAUCAACGACUACGACGCGCUGUUCGCCGCCCCCUACCCCAUCGCCGCCACAAGCAUCCUCCACCAUUCAUGGCUUAACAGCUGA